UUUUCCGAGAGAGACAGAUCGAGUUCGGAGUCAUGCCCCCCUUCAAUCUGCGAGCGCUCGGUCGUGCAGCAGGUGUCACGCGUCGCCGUGAGCUCGUUCGGUUAGCGCCGCCACGCACGCAAGCGAGACAGCAUCAUCCCUCUCCUUUCGACGACGAUGGCGACUCGAACGCGACCAAGUGGAAGAAAACACAGGGUUGGCGAGCGGCCCAGGCUGAGAGGGACCUGCCGACAACGGUCCACGACAAAGAGGUGGAAAAGGGUCUCGAGCAUGGCUUGCCCGGGGCCAGCUCCAUCGUGGACAGGACCAUCCCCACGUUUAGCAGAGGCGAGCUGCCUCACUUCGCGGGUAUAAAUACCUUCAUGAAGGCUCCCUUCCUGGACGAUAUUCGCGACGUGGGCACCUACGAUGUCGCCGUCUUAGGCGUGCCCUUCGAUGGCGGGACCACCUACCGCCCCGGCACUCGCUUCGGCCCACAGGGGAUCCGACGCAUCUCGGCCUUAUACACCCCUUACAACUACGAGACUGGGGUAGACCUGCGCGAACAGAUGACCAUGUGCGACGUCGGAGACGUGUUCACGAUCCCGGCCAACAUCGAGAAGACCUUCGACCAGAUCUCCAACGCCGUUGCCUACGUAUCCGCUUCGGGGGCAAUGCCGAUCAUCAUGGGGGGGGACCACUCCAUCGGCUUCCCCACCGUACGCGGGUGA